CCACCUUUGUCUAAACCCUUUCAACAUUUAACGGUUUUAAAGAUUUUGGUUUUGCUUACGCCUAUGGUGUUAAUAAAUGAAAAAACAUUUUAGAAAACCGGUUAAAUUGGUUUCGAUCUCUAAUAUUUUUUAUUACUAUUAAUAAUUGAUAUGCAUGAUUUAAAAUGAUAAGCAUUAUGUUAUAUUUAAUGAAUUUGUAGAAAUAAUGCAGUAACACCAGGUCAAAAACUAUUAAUGAUAUUACGGUACUAUGCAACUGGAUCAUUUAUAGCUGCUUGCAGGGACGGCCUGUGAGAUAAAUUCAGGCCAAGAAAAUUAAUUACCCAGGCCCACAGAUAUGUAUAAUAAACUAGAUUGCUAACUGAUGAUAAUAUGCGAAGUUAUUAUCCGCCAUUUUAAUCGAGGCCGAUGUAGAUUUUGCCUUAUCAAUUGUUGUUGUUGUCUGUUGACUUGUGUACUGUACUACUGUGAAAACUCAAAACUGAGUAGUUGACACUGUUGACAGUAUUGUUGUGUUCUGUUUUUUGCAAUAGGUAUAUUGUUUUGAGACUUAAUAUUUUUAUGCUAUUUUUCCAAUUAUGCCAUAUAAGUGCUGUGCUGAUGGAUGCAGUAGCAAGGACGGGGUUGUUGGUUCAACUACAAAAUUAUUUAGAUUUCCAAUCGAUGAGUUAAGGAGACAAAAAUGGGUGCACUCUAUCCAAAGAGAUAACUUCAUUCCAACAAAAUUUUCACGCUUAUGCAGUCUCCAUUUUAAUAAAAGUGAAUUUGUUGAAGCCCCCGAAAAACUUAUAUUAAAAAAUACAGCUAUACCAUCCAAUUUCGAUUGUUCCAAAAAAGCAAUAAAAUGUUUAAGCAGCAACAAAUUUGAUCACAAUUAUAGUUCUUCAGUUUCUUCUUCAUCAAAUAUAAUUAAUAUAAUAACUACUUCUCCUAAUUUACCUAUUGAUUCUGGUGUUGAAAAUGCUGGGUGUAAUUAUGAAGUUGUCGAUCUGACUUUUAUUGGACCUAAUUCCAGCCAGUCACCUCAUACCCCUACAUAUACACCAACACUUAAAAGAAAAUUUAAAAAAAAAUUGUUUGAUACACCAAAAAAAGCCAACCUCAAAAAGCGAAUUAAACUUUUACAACAAACGGUUAGAAGGCAGAACACAAAAAUAAAUUCACUUGAGGUAUUUACGUAAAUGCUAACUGAGAAAGAUUGGCUUAGUCUUAGUACACACUUAAUAAGUUAUUAUAAUAUGUGAAAUGCCUCUAGUGAUUAGUGAUGACUGAUUACCGGAUGAGUGAAACUUAACUGUAUAUUUAUAUAUUAAUAAACUAUAUUGUAAUUUUUAUUAAUAAAAAUUAUUCUUAUCAGCAA